CGACCCCUCGCGGCUCGACAGCAGCAGCUCACGGCUCUCAAGAUGCCGCCCGACCAGUCGAACAGCAGCAGCAAGCCAGCACACUCGCCCUACCAUGCCUUUCCCACCCCGUUCGACCAGAUCAGCGGCGACUCGUACGACUCGCCCGGCUUCUUCGACAGCCCGCACACCCUGCAAGAAGUCGACAUGUGCGCCCUGUCGUACGCGCUCCGAGCCAAGGCGGGCUGGGCGCUGAAGGUCGGCGACCCGGUCAUCCGCGCGAGGUGGCGCGCUGAGGCGCUCGAGGCGGUCAGCGGCGAGACGAGCAUGGUGGGACGAGGCGAGGACGCCGAGGGAGGGGCCGGGCACGAGGUGGUCGAGGUCGAGCGGCCGAGGUUGACCGAGAAGAUGGUCGACUACGUCCUCGACGAGCUCGCCCUGCACGCCAAGGAGCUCGACGACCCGCACGGCAUUCGAGCAUCCUGCUUCGACCGCAUCUACGAGUCCGACUCGCUCGUGCCCGACUCGCUCCUGUCCCAGCUCAAGGAGCACGUCGCCGACCUCGAGGCCAACCCACCGUACGGCUCGCCCGACUUUCACCCGGGCUCGAACGACCAGGUCCUCGACCUCGUCCACCCGUCGCUGUUCCCGCUACGGUACGGCGUCACGCCCGUUCGCGACGUCGACGAGGACGGCCUCGUCAUGGCCAACGCCGGGACCGCUCCAGAGCCGAGGAAUGCGGUGCACUCGACGAGCAAGAAGUUCCAGUGGCUCCCGAGCGACUUCGAUAUCGACGAGUCGGGCAAGACGACAAUCUCCUCGUACAUCAACGGCCUGCACCCGGUGGACCACGCGCCGCUGUACCUCGUCCUCGCCCGCCUGUUCGAACACUUCCUCCCGAUGUUUGAGCGCGUCGUGUCCGACCUGCAAGCGCCCCCGCCGCGCCGCAUCAACGUCGACUACAACGUCGUCGGCUCGUGGUACGGCGAGCUGCCCGACUACAUGGACGACGAGCAGUGGCACGAGUGGGAGGAGAGCAAGGUCCUGUCGCUCCCCGAGCCGGCGCCGUUCGACCUCGCCGUCAAGUCGGCCGAGCUCAAGCGUCGCACAGAGGCCCCGGUCUUCCCGCUCAAGGGCCGCAAGCUCCAGGUCAUCGUCAAACUCGCCAACAUCCAGCUCUCGCCCGACAAUCCCGACUAUCCUGGCGGCGUCUGGCACGUCGAGGGCAUGCAGAACGAGGAAAUCGUCGCGUCGGUCAUCUACUACUACGAUCAGCUCAAUAUUGGCGAGUCGAGGCUCGCCUUUCGCGGCACCUUUGCCGACGAGGAGCUCCCGUACGAGCAGAACGACGUGCGAGGCGUCAAGACCGUGUUCGGCAUCGACCCGGAAGGCCCGUGUCUGCAGUACUACAACUCGGCCAACACGUGCGGCGGUCGCGCCUUGGCCUUCCCCAACAUCUACCAGCACAAGGUCUCGCCCUUUUCGCUCGCCGACCCGACCCAGCCCGGGCACCGCAAGAUCCUCGUCUUCUUCCUCGUCGACCCGCUCAAGCCGAUCGUCAGCACGAGCCGGGUCCCGCCGCAGCAGCGUGCGUGGGUCGAGCGCGAGCUGCCGCGCAACGAGCGCACGGACAAGGUGCCCGUCGAGCUGUGGGACCAGGUCCUGAGCGACGUCGAGGGCCUCAUGACGUACGACGAGGCCAAGGCGGUGCGCGACGAGCUCAUGAAGGAGAGAAAGUUCCUCGUCGAGGAGAACUCUCAAAAGGUCUUUGAGCGAGCGUUCUCUCUUUGCGAGCACUGAGGACGUGCCCCUUGCCUCUCUGUCUCUCCUUGUUCGUAGUCGAGCUGUCGCUGGUCGAUGGCUCGUUUGCAAUACAUUUCUUAUACAGCGCG